AUGCGGACAGAUUGGCAAACCGUUGACUCUGUGAGAAGCAACCGUACGGCGUCUGCUAACGACUUAGUAUGGAACACAAAUGAACCAAAUGGUUAUAUUUAUGGCGAGCAGUGCACAAUAGGAAGAAACGGAUUUUUGGGCGAUCUCAAAUGCCAUCAGAGUGGAAGAGCUAGAGCCAUUUGCCAACAAUACGCAGGCAUGGAGACGGUGGGCAACAACAUCUACGCUUCAUCUACUCCGAAUACGCACACGUUUAUACGCAAUCUUCCCAAUGAAGUGCUUGAUAUAUUUGGUCAAUUUUCGAACGGUUGUUUUGAGAAGACCAAUAAUUUCAAGGGUACUCUCAUCGCAUGUGCGGCCAGGUGA